AUGGAAGCAAUGACUUUUAAGUCAGUGACUAAGAAAGCAGUGGUUAAUUUUGUUCACUGUAACAUCAUUUAUUGGUUCGGCAUUCCAAAGAUAAUUAUCACGGAUAAUGUUGCAAAUCUCAAUAGUCAUUUGAUGCAAGAAGUAUGUAGGCAAUUUCAAAUUAUGCAUCGGAAUCCAACUGCUUAUCUCCUAAAGGAGAAUGGGGCUUUGGAAGCUGCCAACAAAAACCUAAAGAAAAUACUCAGCAAGAUGGUGCAAGCUUCCCAACAAUGGCAUAAAAAGUUACCGUUUGCUUUAAUGGGUUAUUGUACUACUGUUCGGACUUCAAUUGGUGUAAUUCCUUACUCGUUGGUAUAUGUAACUGAAGCAGUUAUACCUACAGGGAUUAAGAUUCCAUCUCUUCGAGUAGUUGUAGAAUCUAAAAUUGAUGAUGAUCAGUGGGUCAAAAAUUGA